AACAAAAAGGUGGAAUUUGGUUGGGGAAAUUUUUUUUGUACUAUAUCAUCUCUAUUCUCUACCCCAUAACACAUUCAUCACUAUCUGAUCCUGGAAUUUGUGACCCUUAUCUUCAAUUAUAAUUAUAAUUAAAAUUUAUAUGCUACUUCAACAAGCCAUUAGCAGAAAGAGCUAAAGCUGUGGGAGGGGUAAUUAAGGUAUAAGAAAUAAAAUUGAAGUUUGUAGAGAUGGGUGGAGGAAGAAUUGCAGAAGUGAACAAGGAGAGGGCCAAGGAGUACCAAGGAAGGGUCACACCAUAUGUCAUCAUAACCUGUUUAUCUGCGGCCAUUGGAGGCUCACUCUUUGGUUAUGACAUUGGAGUUUCAGGGGGAGUGACAUCAAUGGAUGAAUUUCUGGAACGGUUUUUCCAUAGAGUGUAUGAAAAGAAGCAACACGCGCACGAAGACAACUACUGUAAAUAUGACAGCCAAAGUCUUUCGGCAUUCACAUCGUCUUUGUAUUUGGCAGGACUAGUGUCUUCCCUGGUUGCAUCGCCUAUCACAAGAACCCACGGGCGUCGCGUGAGUAUAAUAUUUGGUGGUGUCAGUUUUCUUGUUGGGGCUGCUCUUAACGCCUCAGCUAUCAACUUGGUCAUGCUUCUUUUUGGCAGAAUCAUGCUCGGUAUCGGCAUUGGCUUUGGUAACCAGGCGGUUCCAUUAUAUCUGUCGGAGAUGGCUCCAGCUCACAUUAGAGGAGCCUUGAAUAUGCUGUUCCAGCUAGCAACAACUCUUGGGAUCUUCACAGCAAACAUGAUCAACUACGGAACAAGCAAGCUUCGGCAUCCGUGGGGGUGGAGGCUUUCGCUGGGCCUUGCUGCACUGCCGGCUCUGCUGAUGACAAUAAGUGGAGUUCUACUUCCAGAGACACCAAACAGCCUAAUCGAACAGGGGAAAGGGGAGAAAGGAAGACGGGUUUUACAAAAAAUAAGAGGGACUGAGAGUGUGGACGCGGAGUACGAAGACAUGGUGGACGCGAGCAAUCUGGCAAAGUCGGUUAAGCAUCCCUUCAGAAACAUUCUGCAGAGGAGAAACCGGCCUCAGCUGAUCAUGGCCAUAUGUAUGCCAACGUUCCAGAUACUCACAGGCAUAAAUAUCAUACUCUUCUAUGCACCAGUCUUGUUUCGGAGUAUGGGGUUCAGAGGAGCUGCAGCCCUGUAUUCGUCUGCUUUGACAGGAGGGGUUCUUGCAUUGUCCACGGUUGUGUCCAUGGCCACGGUCGAUGGUUGGGGGAGGAGAGUCCUGCUCAUUGCUGGUGGAAUCCAGAUGAUCAUUUGCCAGGUGAUUGUGGCCAUAAUCCUAGGCCUGAAGUUUGGGGAUGACAAGGUACUUUCUAAAGGGUACUCAAUCCUGGUGGUGGGGUUUAUAUGCCUCUUUGUCGCGGCCUUCGGGUGGUCUUGGGGUCCUUUGGGAUGGACAGUGCCGAGUGAGAUCUUUCCAAUGGAGACGCGAUCGGCGGGGCAAAGCAUCACUGUGGCUGUGAACCUCUUCUUCACUUUCGCAAUCGCGCAGUCUUUUCUCUCGCUUCUCUGCGCUCUCAAGUCUGGAAUUUUCUUCCUCUUUGCUGGGUUUAUCACCAUAAUGACCAUUUUUGUGUGUCUCUUUCUGCCUGAGACAAAGGGAGUGCCCAUUGAAGAGAUGAUGCAGCUGUGGCAGAAGCACUGGUUCUGGAAGAACAUUGUUUCUGGUAGCCACUCACAACCUUACCACACUAAUAAUGGAGAGCACGAAUCUAACACUAAUUAAUAUGGAAUCCUGAUUACUGUUGAAAGUCUGUACUUGUUACUACCUUCAAAAGGCCUUUUUUUAGAGAAAUAAAUCUUCAGCUACAUA